GCAGCUCAUUAUCUACUUACCUCAUAACGUCUGAUGACGUUUAUGGCGCCAGAAAUCAAGGGUUUAGUGAGCGGCCCGUGCAUGUCAGUUGGCGGAUCUUAUCUGUGCCAUGUUGGCGUUACCGUAAACGUUAGACAAGGCAGAAUAGUGGCUGAUUAUCCGUCGUCGACGCUCGUAUAAGGUUUGUUUGGAGUCAAGAUGGUGAUGCUACGCAAGGGUGGCACCUCCGGAGCGGAGCCGGUAGCAGCGACUCCGAAGAGGAGGUCGGUGGAGCUGGAUACAAGCUCCGAGUUUCUGUCGCUACUUCCCGCGUCGCAGAGAAAGUCCGCCCGGCUGACCCGGUCCUCCCAGGCCCAGGAUGACAGCUUCAGCAGCCCCGAAAACACCACAGCCAAUGGACAUUCUGAUAUGAAGCAGGAUGAAGGAAGUGGUUUCCAUCACUCUCUGAGGACCCGAGGACAGAGAGUGAAACUGGAGGUCUCUUUUGCUGACAUGGAACCAAAGACCAGCUCCCCUGCGAAUGAAGACAAAACUGGAGGAUGCUGCACCAGGAAAUCUUCCAGGCUGCAGAGAGAGGGAAAUGCAUCCAGUGGCAAGCAGCAAGCAGAUGUUCCAGAUGAAGUGGAGGGGUCGUCCACUCCCAAGAGGAGCCGCUUUAAUCUACAGGAUGAAGAGGAGGACCGCUCAGUGCGACGUAGUUCCCGAAUCACCAGAUACAAACUGAAUUCCCGUAACCAGUCAGUGCUCUACGACCGCCUCAUCACCAACACAGCUGAAGCUGUCCUCCAGAAGAUGGACGACAUGAAGAAGAUGAGACGGCGACUGAGGAGCAGAGAUAGAGAGACUAAAGAAGAGCUCGGUGUGUACACCAGAGGCAGAAUGAGAAGCUCUCUGAGGACGAAUGUGGAGAGCAAAGACACUGAAGAGGAGAACCAAGGUGUGAAUGAGGACGAUCACGAUGAAGAGGAGGAAGAAGAUGGAGAAAAUGAUGAGGAGGAGGAGGAGGAGGAGGAAGAUGAAGAUGACGAUGAAGAUGGCGAGGAUGAGGAGGAAGAAGAAAAUCAGAGGCGUUAUGACUUCAGACAGCGAAAGACUGUUGUUCGCUACCAGGCCCCACAAGACGAACCCAGAGAGCCCAGGAAGCGCGGUAUGUACUUCAAGGACCACUCAUCUCCCACGAGACGCAGGUUUAGAUUCAGCUCCACGGCCCCCAGGAGUCCCUACAACAGAAGAACCAACAGGAGUAGUUCUGAGAGAAGGAGACAUGCCAUCCACAGUAGUGACUCCACUUCGUCAUCGUCUGACGACGAGCAAUUUCAGAGACGGAGAAGUAAGAACAGGAGCAGGUCAGUCAACAGAUGUCUGCCUAUGAACUUUGUGAAAGACGACCUGCUGGGGAUCCACAAGGACAGGAUGAAGAUUGGAGCCAGCCUCGCUGACGUGGACCCCAUGCACAUAGACAAGACGGUUCGGUUUGAAAGCAUUGGAGGUUUGAGCAGACACAUCUCAGCGCUGAAGGAGAUGGUGGUCUUCCCUCUCCUCUACCCAGAAGUGUUUGAGAGGUUCAAGAUACAGCCUCCCAGGGGCUGUCUAUUUUACGGUCCUCCGGGCACAGGGAAAACCCUCGUAGCCAGAGCGUUGGCCAAUGAGUGCAGUCAGGGGGAAAGAAAGGUGUCUUUCUUUAUGAGGAAAGGAGCUGACUGUCUCAGUAAGUGGGUGGGUGAAUCCGAGAGACAGCUACGACUGCUUUUUGAUCAGGCUUACCAGAUGCGUCCGUCCAUCAUCUUCUUUGAUGAGAUUGAUGGUUUGGCUCCAGUCAGGUCCAGCCGUCAGGACCAGAUACACAGUUCCAUUGUGUCGACCCUGUUGGCUCUUAUGGAUGGAUUAGAUGCUAGAGGAGAGGUUGUUGUGAUAGGUGCUACAAACAGACUGGAUUCCAUCGACCCAGCUCUGAGAAGACCAGGGCGCUUCGACAGAGAGUUCCUCUUCGGCCUGCCGGACAGAGAGGCGAGAAAGGACAUUCUGAAGAUCCACACCAGACAGUGGACUCCACCACCUUCUGACACUUUCCUGGAAGAAUUGGCAGAUAAAUGCGUUGGUUAUUGCGGAGCAGACAUCAAGGCAGUGUGUUCAGAGGCUGCCCUGUGUGCGCUGCGGCGUCGCUACCCACAAAUCUACUCCUCAUCGCAGAAACUGGUGCUUGAUGUCAACUCCAUCGCUAUCACAAGCAAAGACUUUAUGUCAGCCGUGUCCAAGAUGGUGCCUGCUGCCCAGAGGGCAGUGGUGUCACCAGCCAAGGCCCUGAUACCCGCCAUUCAUCCUCUGCUGAGUGCCACUCUGCAGAACAUCCUCCACGCAGUCAGCAGGGUGUUCCCGCAUGCCGAACAGGGCUUAAAGAGGAAGAGAGAACAAGAUAUGGCCUGUGGUUUGUCUGAGGAUGAUCUGAUGUUCAGUGAUGAGGACUCAGAAGUCCUUUCCAGUGGACAGACCUCUCACUCCCAACCCAAAACACCUGCUGCUAAAGGACUUCUCAACCUCAACAGGAGUGUGCUGAGCCACCCAACUUCAUACCGUCCGAGGCUGCUGUUGGAGGGCAGACCAGGCUCAGGUCAGAGCGCCCACCUGGCCCCUGCUGUCCUCCACGCUCUGGAGAAAUUCACUGUGUACACACUGGACAUGGCUGUACUGUUUGGAGCCAGUGCAACUGCACCGGAGGAGACUUGUGCUCAGAUCUUUGUUGAAGCGAAGCGAACCUCUCCCAGCAUCCUGUACAUCCCUCACAUCGGACAGUGGUGGGAGACAGUGGGUCCGGCCUUAAGAGCCACCUUCCUCAGCCUGCUCAGCUCCAUCCCUGCCUUUGCUCCUAUACUACUUCUGGCUACGUGCAGCCUGCAAUAUGACCAACUAAGCAUGGAGGUGCAGGAGUUGUUUCGGGUGGAGUACGGAGAGGUUUUCCAUGUUCAGGUCCCCACCAUCAGAGAAAGAAGAAAUUUCUUUGAGGAUCUAAUCCUGAAUCAGGCUUCCAAGGCCCCCGCCUCAAAAAAAAAAGCUGUGCUCCAUGCUUUGGAAGUGCUUCCUAUCGCUCCUCCGCCUCCCCCACGUCAGCUGUCAAAGGAGGAGAUCCAACGAUUGGAGGAGCAGGAGGAAGAUACCCUGAGGGAGCUUCGCCUCUUCCUGCGUGAUGUCACCAACCGCCUGUCCCAAGAUAAACGCUUCAAAGCAUUUACAAAGCCUGUUGAUUUAGAAGAGGUGCCAGAUUAUGCUGAGGUGAUUAAGAAGCCUAUGGACCUGUCAACCGUUCUCUCUAAGGUCGACCUUCAUCAGUAUGGGUCGGUCAAAGAGUUCCUCCAAGACGUGGAUCUCAUCUGGCAGAAUGCCCUUGAAUACAACCCAGACAGGGACCCCUCAGACCGUCAGAUCCGACACAGAGCAUGUGCACUGAAAGACACCGUCCAUGCUAUCAUCAGAGAUGAACUGGAUGAAGAUUUUGAGAAGAUUUGUGAAGAGAUCAAAGUGUCACGCAGCACAAGAGAUUGCUCCACUGUCCAGUUUGCUCCCUCCUUCUACCAUGUCCUUCCCAAACAGUCCAAACCCCCUGCUGAGGUGGACAUGACCCAGCAAAGAGAGCUGGCUGGAGCCACAGCUGCAGUUACUCCCACUAUAGGUGCCUCUGCUGUUACAAUGCCUAAAAUCUUAGCCCAGAAGAAGAAAAGGCGGAAGAGUCGCUGGUCCGCUGGCGUCUUUGCAAAGAAGAAAUCUUCCUCCUCUCCUCACACGUCCAGAGAUGACGCGCACUUGGGAUCGGAUGAGGAAGAGGAAGAUGGGGAUGAUGAGGAGGAGGAGGAGGUUGGGAAGGGGGGAGGAGGAGCAGAGUGUGAUGGGCGGACCGAAGGAGAGGAGGAUCAGAUGACGGUCGAUGUAGAGUCAGGGACCACACCAGCUCAGGAAGGUAGUUUGGGGCCCACUGCGAAGGAGCAGGACAGUCAGGAGGGAAGAGAGGAGAGGAGUCAAGCUGCUGAAGACAAAGUUAUCUUGUGUGAAACAGGGAACCCAGAAAAUGAUGAGCAGACACAGAACGAGCAAAAAAAGGUGGAUAAAGCUGUCAAAGAUCAACCACGAAAGUCGGAGGAAAACCAAGUGUUGACAAAGGCAGGAAACAAGAACAGCGAAACCAUUUCAGUGAACACUAACAAGGACAGCCAUACUCGGACAGAGGGAUUUACCCAGGGACAAUUCAACACAGAGAAGAGUGGUGAAACUAAAAGCGAAAUGCUGACAGAAACUGAGACCGACAAAUGGCAAACUGUUACGCAGGCAGACAACAGGAACAACAAGGUAGAGACUGUAGAGGAGGCAGAGCAGAACAGCCAUGCUGAACCGAUGGAGGUGGAAGCAACAGACACCUCAGCCACAGACGCCUCUGCAGCUGCCAGAGGAGAGGACGACACAGGCACAGAGCGGAGCGAGAGGCGCAUGACUCGCUCUCUAAAGAACGCUGUUCUGCAGCAGCAGAAAUUCGAUGUGGACAAAGCUCUGCAGAUCCUGGACCAGGAAACUCCUCCUCUGGUGGUAGACGGAGAAAAACUAAAGGAGUUGUUGGAGAGAGUAGUGACCAAGACUGAAGGCUACGAGGUGUACAAGCUGGAGAAACUGUAUGCGCUGCUCUGCCAGAGCAUCUAUAGACACAGACGAGACUACAACAAAACAGCACUUAUACAGGAGUUGGAGCAAGAGAUUGAAGACUUCUGUUGACUUUUCUACAGGAACAUUGUGUACUUUUUUUUUUUUUAUCAUCAUCCUCUUAGCUGUGUAAAUAUACAGAUAUUGGUUCUAUUUUCAUAGAAACCUACAGGCACCUCUGUGCAUUAACUAAAUCUUUGUAUUACCUCCUUUUGUUUAUAUUUAAUUAAAUGGCUUUCCUCUCCA